CAGGGGCGGUGCGGGGGCGUGGGCCGCACGCGCCGUGCGCGCCGGGGCGGCUAAGUUUGGCUAGGCUGCGAGCCCCGCGCCGCCGCCGCCGCUGCUGCCGCCGUCACUGCCCUCUUCGGAGGCGCGGGCCCGGCGGAAACCAUGUUUGUGGCGCGUAGCAUCGCGGCCGACCACAAGGAUCUCAUCCACGAUGUCUCUUUCGAUUUCCACGGGAGGCGGAUGGCUACCUGCUCCAGCGAUCAGAGCGUUAAGGUCUGGGAUAAAAGUGAAAGUGGUGAUUGGCAUUGUACUGCUAGCUGGAAGACACAUAGUGGAUCUGUAUGGCGUGUAACAUGGGCCCAUCCUGAAUUUGGACAGGUGUUGGCUUCUUGUUCAUUUGACCGAACAGCUGCUGUAUGGGAAGAAAUAGUAGGAGAAUCAAAUGAUAAACUGCGAGGACAGAGCCACUGGGUUAAAAGGACAACUCUGGUGGAUAGCAGAACAUCUGUUACUGAUGUGAAGUUUGCUCCCAAGCACAUGGGUCUUAUGUUAGCAACCUGUUCAGCGGAUGGUAUAGUAAGAAUAUAUGAGGCACCAGAUGUUAUGAAUCUCAGCCAGUGGUCUUUGCAGCAUGAGAUCUCAUGUAAGCUAAGCUGUAGUUGUAUUUCUUGGAACCCUUCAAGCUCUCGUGCUCAUUCCCCCAUGAUCGCUGUAGGAAGCGAUGACAGUAGCCCCAAUGCAAUGGCCAAGGUUCAGAUUUUUGAAUAUAAUGAAAACACCAGGAAAUACGCAAAAGCUGAAACUCUUAUGACAGUCACUGAUCCUGUUCAUGAUAUUGCAUUUGCUCCAAACUUGGGAAGAUCUUUCCAUAUUCUAGCAAUAGCAACCAAAGAUGUGAGAAUUUUUACAUUAAAGCCUGUGAGCAGGAAAGAACUGACUUCCUCUGGUGGGCCAACAAAAUUCGAACUCCAUAUAGUGGCUCAGUUUGAUAAUCAUAAUUCUCAGGUCUGGCGAGUGAGUUGGAAUAUAACAGGAACAGUGCUAGCAUCUUCAGGAGAUGAUGGCUGUGUAAGAUUGUGGAAAGCUAAUUAUAUGGACAAUUGGAAGUGUACUGGUAUUUUGAAAGGUAAUGGGAGCCCAGUCAAUGGGAGUUCUCAGCAGGGAAACUCAAAUCCUUCCCUAGGUUCAAAUAUUCCAAGUCUUCAGAAUUCAUUAAAUGGAUCUUCUGCUGGCAGAAAGCACAACUGAGUACAAGCUAACUGGAGUAACUUUGCUGUUUUGCUGCUUGUUGCAUGCACACAGGAAUGGAAAGCGAGCUCCUUUUCCCCUUCCCCAGCGCCAUUUUGACCUCUCCCAAGAUACACCAGCAGCCUGCUUACUACUAAACAACCCAAAAGGCCUUUAAAAAUACAGUGUAUAUUUUUUUGUACUAGUCAGUUUGUUGACACUAUUUGAAACUUUUGAAAUAUAAAUGGAGAGGCUUUCUGUUGAGAUGUUGUCACCAAAACAAUUUUUUGAAAUGUUCCUCAAACUAACUUGGGUUUAAAGAUUAAAAGGGUUGUUAACCUUCUUAUAUAAGUAGUUGAGAGGAGGGGAAAUAUCACUUUAAUUUUUUGGGAAAAUAUAGACAUAUUUCUUUUGCUUUCUUAAAACAGCUUAAAAUGAACUUUUAUAAUUUUAAUUUGAAGAUUGAAUAAAUAUUUUUCAUAAAGAUUGUUUUGAGUGCUGAUUUGUUUACUUUUUGUAGAAUUGCUUUAUACAUGAUAUUCAGUACAACUCUGUCAUUUCUUUGUACUAUUUUAAAAACAUUAGUAAAGGAGUGAAUUAGUAAAGUAGUAAUAGUAAAAUGAAAGUAACUUGACUGUACAGUUUGUAGCCAGGUUAAGCAUUUGGUGUUGUUUCAUUUAUAAUUUGGGAGUAAGAUGGAAACACUUUUUUUGUUAAGUUUUUAAUUGAUAUUCACUAAAGAGAUAAAUGUUUCUAAUAUACAUCUGUAUAUUUUUAUGGUGUUAUUUAUUUCAUGGCUUAGUUUCCUUCACAUCAAAAUUUGGACACGUACUAUAAGAGAAGCCGUUAAAAUUUUACUAAAAUUGUGCAUGUAAAUUAAUGUCAGCAUUCCAUGUCUCAAGAUUUUCUUUAUUUACUUGGCUGUUUAAAUUAGUUUAUAUCCUAUAAAGCUCUGACCUUGAUACCAAAGCUAUAAAUAUUUAAGUUUGCUAAAAUGCAUAAGUAUUCCUGGUAAGUUACAAGAUGGAAGAAGAUUAACAAUAGGGAACAGUCAUUCUGUAAAUCCUUUUACUUGUCAAAAUUUGGUAGCUAUUCUAAGGCUUUUGCAGAAAAAUAAGUGUGUUCAAUGUAAUUCUUCAAAAGCAUGUUGCAGUAGCCAGCCAGCCAUACUCUUUGUAUUCCCAGUAUCAUGUAUGCACUAAAAAAAAAAGUGUGAAAAGUGUGCUUGCUGCUGCUGUGAGUGAACCAUUGCUUAAAAUAAAAAGCUUAUUAGAUUUGUAAAUGAACAGAAUAGCAUCAGAUGUUUCUGAGAGGUUAGAAAAUGUUUUGAAUUUAUAAAAUUAAUGUUUUUCUUUGUAACGUUUAUAUUGAUUUUUUUUUUGACAUUUUAAGUUUAACGGAUUGUAUUUCUUUCAAGUUUCUAUACUUGCUUAAGCAAUCUUGGUUUGACUAAGGGUCUUGAUUUGUGCUAUUUUUUUUUUUUCCUAGCAUGUUUUCUCCUCUUUGGUUCUCUUUGUAUUUACUACUUUUCUCUUUUUCUUGUUUUUUGUUUUUUUUUCCCUGUUGUUUUUGUUUUGUUUGGUGUUUGUUCCUGUCUUCAUUGUUUCAGGUAUUUCUUUCCCCCUCUGGAUUCCCCACGGGCUGGAUCGAGAUGGUCCAGUUAUGCCCAGCUCCUUCCUCCUCCUCCUCUUCCUCCUCUGGUAGAGCACUCUUGCGAUGCUGACACUGCCAACCUCCAGUAUCCUCACCCUCGCAGACGAUAUCUCUCUCGGCCUCUUAAUCCCUUACCUGAGAAUGAAGGGGUUUAAAACACUGACUUAACAUUGAAAGGCCUUAUUCAAGUGCUUGUAAAUGCUUUCAUUUCUGGCUGCUAUUUUUCUUCAUUUUCUUUCAGAAGAUUUUUCUAACUUAGGGUCUGUCUUGCAUGUGUUACAACCAGAAUACAGUGUUGAGAGCCUAAAUCUGUUUGUGCGUCUGCAGCAAAGGAACAUUUGCUUCUCUGGGUGAUAACUGAUGAAAUGAGGUAUGUCCAAAUAAUGUUAACUGUGAAAUUAUACACAGUAGCUGACUUCAAAGUGCCUGUUCUGUAAUUUUAUUUUGAACUGUUACCAUAGUAUUAAGUUGCUUAUGCUUUAUCAGACUGGCUAAUGUGAAAGCAUAUUAUUAUGAAGUUUAUUCUGCCUUUGAGACCUUAAGAAAUGGAUUUAAUUUUACAGGCUAAUGUUGCAACUGACGAGUACGUAAAAUAAAAUAAAUCAUUCCUGUGUAUAAAGCAGCAAAACCUAA